AUGGCUUCUUGUAUAGGGGCUGCACAAGGGGCAUUAUUCGGUAUUACUUCUGGGUUUUUAUUAAAAAGAUAUAAUAAGUUAUAUAGAAACGCAAGAUUCCAAGUUCAUGUCCUUUAUCAAUGCUUUUGUGUAGCUUAUACAGGUGCAUUUAAAGGUGAUAAACAGUUAAUAAGCUUCCAAGAAAGGUAUUUCCAACAGGAAAAUGAAAAGAGAAAAUUGUUAAUCAAUAAAGCUGCAGAUCAAGGCAUAUUUUUAGAAGAUGAUGCAACCAUUAUGAGUACUAUUGAUACCUAG